AUGAACCAGUACGAGGAAACCGUUAAUCAAUUAGGAAACCUCUCGGUGAAGACUUCAAAGAAGAAACGGACGAACCACGUUCAUCACCAGUUCACGCCCGAGUACGCCCGCGACGAUCACAUCGAUAGCGGGUUUGAUCCAAAUGCGGCUGCCAUGAGUCCUGGGAUGCAGGCUCCGCACUACUACAACGGCCAGCACACCCCGUCCGUGCAGCCGUCCAGUCAGUCCGUGCCGAUAAUGAGCGACCAGUACCAGCCACAGACCGAGUAUUUUGCUCCCAAACAGCAGAUCGGCGUUGACCCUGCCUCGACAGACGAUCUCUCGAUCCCAAACAUUAGAUACCAGCUGGACCACACGUAUAAAGACAGCGAGUUCCUUACUUUCGAGAACGUGUCACCGCCUUUGGCAGGAACACAGUACGUCGCUGUCGACCAGGGAAACGCUUCUCCUAAAUUUGUCAGAAUGACGCUCUACAGCGUCCCAAGCUCUGAAAAACUUCGGCAACAGUCCAAGAUCCCGCUUGGUCUUGUUCUCACUCCGUUUGCUCCUACUCAGCCGGGCGAAAAACCCGUCCCAGAGGUCGACUGCAGGGAAAUGUCUGCCGUGCCUCGUUGCAGACGGUGCAGAACCUACAUCAACCCGGCAAUGCAACACGGUGGAUACAACAUGAUUUGUAACAUCUGUUCGUUUUCGAGCCCUGUUCCUCAGGAAUACCUCAGUCAGGUCGACGCUAACGGAGUCAGAUCGGACUACUACGAACGUCCAGAGCUCCACUCCGGUGUCUAUGACCUGGUUGUUCCUGAGGACUACAACUUGGACGAAAAACCACCCCAGCCACUGCACCACGUGUUUUUGGUCGAUCUCAGCUACCAGGCCAUUCGCUCAAAGCUCCACGUGGCUGCCUGUUCUGCAAUCAGAAUGGCAUUGUACCAGAAUGGCGAGUCGAAUUUGCCCCAGGGCUCCAAAGUUUCCAUUAUUGGAUUUGCAGACAAGCUGUUUUUCUACAACCUUUCUCCAUCGCUGGAGCAGUCUACUGUGGCCGUUGUGGGAGACUUGGAAGAUCCGUUUGUUCCUUUCCACGAUGGUAUUCUUGCCGACCCGCUAGAGUCGUCGUCCAUAAUUGACACCACUUUGAGCUUCAUCGAGCAGAUCGUCGACUACUCUGGCCCAGAGCCUGCGUACGGAGCAGCGCUUCUUGCAGCCAAGAUGGUUUUGGAACCAGUUGCUGGCGGUCAAGUUGUCGCUUUCUUGUCGAGCAUCUCAUCCUGGGGACCUGGCUCACUUGCUGUGAAGCUGCCGACCCAGAAGACCACCUCCGAUUACGACAAGGAUGUCAUUGUUGCCAACAACAAGUUCUACCAAGACCUGUUGAAGCAGUUCGUCAAGUCCAAUGUGGGACUGCACUUGCUGAACGGGUCCCAUACUCCUAUAGAUCUGGCCAAUGCCGGUUUAAUUGCCAUCAAGACCGGAGGUUCUGUUAAGACCUGGCAUAAUUUCAACUUGGACAAAGAUGAAGCUGACUUGAUGUUCACAGUGAAACAGCUUGUCACAGAUGCUUGUGGAUACCAGGGACAACUGAAAAUCCGUUGUUCCAGUGGGUUGCAAGUCAACAAGUACUAUGGUGGCUUCACGAGCUCUGGGCAGCCCGACAUUCCAUACCUUCCUGUCCUCAGCAGUCAGACCAGCUUGGCCUGCGACUUUGUUUACGACGGAAAACUGGAUACCAAGAAGGACUCUCAUUUCCAGGCAGCUUUGCUGUACACCUCGGCGGACGGAAAGAGAAAAGUGCGUGUGAUCAACUGCAUUAUGUCUGUUACCGAACGGGUUGCAGACGUGUUCUCCUUCUCAGACCAGGACGCAGUGCUCAACAUCAUUUUAAAGGAGAGUCUAAGCAGACUACCAGCCAUGAACUUCGUCACUUUGAGAAGCUACCUCAACACACAGCUGGCCGAUAUCAACGCCAUGUACAAGCUCUAUGUUGCAAAGAACACUUCGUCGCCAGGACAGUUGGUUCUUCCUCAUGGACUACGGACAUUCCCUAUGUUUUUACUUUCUGCUCUCAAGUCCAAAGCAAUCAAAGAAAGAAACACCAACCCAGACCUGCGUGUCGAGAGCUUGUUUGAUCUCCAAACAUUCACCCCAGAGAGACUAUCUGCCUACUUGUAUCCGCUGAUGAUCAGUCUGCACGACCUGGACGACAGCGAGUGCCUCUUUGAAGGCGAGACCCAGUUCUUCACUUUGCCGCAAACCAGAGCACUUAGCCAGACCAACCUCGAGAUCGGCGGAGCAUACCUCAUCUUCAACUCCAAGCGCCUGUAUCUCUGGUUCCACUCUGACGUGAACCCGCUUCUGCUUCAAGAUCUGUUUGGUAGCCAGGUGACGUCUCUGGACCAACUGGAUCCACUCAUGUCCCAGCUUCCUCCUCUAGAUACCCAUAUUUCGUUGCAGGUGAGAAACCUAGUCAAGUUCCUGGCCAAGCACUACCUGAACGCCGACUUCUUCCCUGUCGAGAUCUGCAGAUUCAAAACAGACACAAACGAGUCAGAGUUCAUCGAGCUACUUUACGAAGACCGGUCGGGCGAUCUCCAGUGGUCGUACUCUGACUUCCUCAAACACCUACACAAACAGAUCACCAGCAAGGUGGAGGUCAACUCGACGUCCUCGACGAGCGACAAGAAGGAUUCCUCAACACUGGCACAUAGAUUUGGAAUAUUCUGA